AUGGGAUACAAGCGCCGGGGGCUCUGCGGGCAGGAGGGGCUGCUGGGGCGGCGGGGGACCCUGCGGCAGGGCGACCGGGUCCGGGUCCAGAUCACCUCGGCCUCCGGGGAGAAGGCCCGGGGCAUCCUGCGCUACCGGGGGCCCAUGGGGGACAGCAAGGAGCAGGCUGGAGUCAUCUUCGGGGUGGAGCUGGUGGGAUCAGCAGCCGGGAAGGGUUUCACCGAUGGCUCCUUCCGAGGCCAGAAAUUCUUCUCAUGCCAGGAGAACUGCGGGGUCUUCGUGCCCGUGAACCGGAUCGAGCCGGAUGAGGGGGCGAAACGCAGCCCCCCAAUGGCCCCCCGGGGCGGCCAGCGGGCGUGCAACAGGCUCCAGCUGGCCACGGGGGACCCCCUCAAAUCUCCGCCCCUGGAGUUCGGUGACCGGGUUGUCUUCCAGAUGGAUGACAGCGCCCCCAAGGGCACUGUGGUGUUCUGUGACUAUCUGCCCAAGAAGGAGGUGGCUGGGAUCUUCGUGGGGAUCCACCUGGAUCAGCCUGUUGGCUCAUGGGACGGCAAAUUCAAAGGCCAGUUACUCUGCCACUUCCCAUCUCCAGAGUACGGGAUGCUUCUGCCAAUCUCCAAAGUAUAUAAAGAAUGGAGGUCCCCUCCUGGUUCCCCUUCCUCCCCGUUGACGGGAGACCCCAAGGAUCGGGGGGAAGAGGAAGAAGAGGAAGAGUUGUCUUCACCCCUGCUGGAGAUCAACUCUAUGGUGGAGGUGCACGACCCCCCCAUCUACGGGGUGAUCCGCUGGAUUGGGGAGCCGCCGGAUGUGAGGGAGACCCUUGCAGGGCUGGAGCUGGAGGACCCCCUCCCCUCGGGCUGUACAGACGGGAUCUACCGGGGGGUGCGGUAUUUCCAGUGCCCGCCCGGCAAGGCCCUGUUCGUCAAGCUGCGCCGCUGCCGGCCCGACGCCCGCUUCGGGGCACGUGCUGCGCUGCAACUCGCUGGGGUGUAUGCCAGCAAGCGGGUGCCGGAGGCCCCGCCCCCGGAGCUGGGCGAGGAAGGGGGCCAGCGCUUGACGGGCUGGAAAAAGGGGAUCCAGGGCGGCGAGAACGGUUUCAACAUCCCGCAAGUCACGCCUUGCCCGGAGGUGGCCGACUACCUGGAGAUGAGCCCCGAGGAACUCCAGGCGCUGGACCCCAAAUCCCUGCCCCCCUGCGCCCGACGCCUGCUCUGCGACGCCUACAUGUGCCUCUAUCACAGCCCCACCCUGGGGCUCUACAAAUAG